CGGGAAAAGAAGCAGAAGCACAUCCUCCUCCUCCUCAAUCAAACCCAAGGAUGGAUCGUGGGGAAGGGAGGUGAGGAGGGAGACGAAAUAGAUCGAUUGCUUUGAUAAGAUGGGGAGGGGGAAGGUGGAGCUGAAGAGGAUCGAGAACAAGGUCAACCGGCAGGUGAGCUUCGCGAAGCGCCGCAACGGGCUGCUGAAGAAGGCGUACGAGCUGUCGUUGCUGUGCGACGUCGAGGUGGCGCUCGUCAUCUUCUCCAGCCGCGGCCGCCUCUUCGAGUUCUGCAGCAGCUCCAGCGUACUCAAGACAAUUGAAAGGUAUCGAAGUUGCAGAUAUAAUGUGUCAGAACAUACACUAUCAUCAAAUGAGCCACAGAUGAGUUAUCAAGAAUAUCUUAAGCUGAAGGAAAGAGUCGAAUAUCUGCAACAUUCUCAAAACAAUCUCCUUGGCGAGGACUUAGGGCCAUUAAGUAUUCACGAUCUACAGCAACUUGAGAACCAAAUCGAGAUGUCUCUAAAGCAAAUCAGAUCAACAAAGAUGCAGGUUAUGUUUGAUCAGCUUUGCGAUCUUAACCACAAGGAACAAGCGUUGCAAGAAGCUAACACAAACCUAAGAAGUUGCAAGAAGCUGGUUCACCAAAUCUGCUCCAGUUGUCAUGGCCAAAUGGCGAUAGCAGUGCAGCUAAUGAGCCUCCUCAAGCAGCAGGAUUCUAUAAGUCCCAAGGAGAAGAACCACCCUUGCAAACUGGAUUCAAUCUAUCCUGCACAGCUCCUUGGAACAAUGAAGCCACAGAAGGCUAUGGAUUCAUCUCGAGAUGGAUUUGAAAAUUUAUCGUCUUUGACUUCAAAUCUUUCUUCUUCUUUUUAUUCUCGCAUAGAAGAAGAAUAAAAUGCGUCUUUAUUCUGAGUGUGGAUUCAUGCAGCGACUACAUAAUGCUGUGCUGCGAAUAAAUAUACACACAAGUUAAUAAGAUUUCGCAUGGCUAA